AUCGUCAGCCUGUGACGUAAGUGCGCAGAAACCAGGCGCAAUGCAUUGUGGUCGCCGGUGCUUGGAUAGAAACAGAAACCACACGACUGUUCAGUCAGCAACGUGAUAUUCAGCCAGGGAUCACAAUAGAAAGAUCAGAAGCUGUUGAUUUGAUACCCCCCACAUAUCAGCCAUGUCAUCGACAUCCCAGAAACAUAAAGAUUUUGUGGCGGAGCCCAUGGGCGAGAAAGCUGUGAUGGCUCUUGCGGGUAUCGGAGAGGUCCUUGGUAAAAGACUGGAGGAAAAAGGCUUUGACAAGGCGUACGUUGUCCUCGGACAGUUCCUGGUGUUAAAGAAAGACGAGGAGCUCUUCAGGGACUGGCUGAAGGACACAUGCGGGGCUAAUGUCAAGCAACAAGGUGACUGCUAUGGCUGUCUGAAAGAAUGGUGUGACGCCUUCUUAUAAAGCAUCCGGUCAUUGUUUUUUACUUCUGAAGCCCAAACUGUAUAUUACCUCUUCACUGAUCUUGAUUCAAUUCUGCUGCACCAUAUGUUUGGACUGACACUGUACACACUGAUGACAUUUUUAAAAGUAUAUUCAAAGGUAUUAUUAUAUUUUUUGAUCCAUUCGAUCCUCCCAAAAAGUCUAACGUUCUCACAGUUUUGGCUACGAUUAAUCCGGACCCCCUUGUUGUUCUUUGGAUUGCUGUUGAAUUGACAGGCUGCAGAAAUUUUGGCAUGUCAAUAUGAUAGGAGCACAGGUGUAAACAGGUACGUCAAUGAUGGAUAACUUCCAUUAUGGCUUACUAGUGAUGUAACACAUGUCAGUAAAUCUAGGUUUGACACGUCAAAAUAUCUGCUGUCCACAGAGAAGCCUCAAAUUGAAUGUCUAGUUCCCAGAUUUGAGAGAGAGCUGCUCAUGUUCAUCAUUUGAAUAAUUUCAUGUACUUCUAGUUUUUAUAAAUGUUUGAGAUUUAACAGUUCAAAUAUUACAUGUCUAGUCAGUUCUGUGUUAUAAUGUUCAACCUAAAACAAACAGUUUUCAGUCUAAGAAAAUAUUUAGUUUUCUCUGAGUGUGAUGUAUCAGUACGACCCAGACUAAUAUUCUAGCUCACUCUCAUUUCUUGGCUCUGUGUCCAUGUUUGUCUGUUUUUAAAGCCAUUGUAGAGUCGAUGUAAGUUGUAUUUUUCUAUCACAGUCUCCUAUCAUAUACUCCUAAGACCCCCAACAUGGUGUAAACAAUUUUUUUGAAGAGGUGUCUUGCAGUGGGUGUGACUCAUUUGGAAAAACUAAACUACAGAAUUAAUGUGACACUGUCUUAGCAGAGAAGGGUUCUUUUUUAUAUUAUUACAAAAUCUUUUAAUCUUAAUCCUGAAUAUAGAGAAGCGACAUGGCCAUCCGGUCUGAGCAAAGCUUGUUACAACCUGAAGUCUGAAAUGUAUGUAAAUAAAGAUGCUGAUACAACAAACUCAAAGCUGUCAAAGACGUGUCGGUCUAUUACAGAUGUGCGGCGCCCAUGCAGAAAGUCAAUAAGCUAGACAAUAAUGCUAAUUUUAUUCGCAGCUCCCGAAAUGCUUUUUGUGCUCGCCUUUCGUGCAGAGUUGAAAAAAGAGUGAGACACUCAAGUGAUGUAAACAUGUGGCAGCCAUCUAAAUCCAUCUGAACCCUGUUUAUUCAUUACCAGUGAAGAGGCUAAUUUAAUCGACACGCUGUGCUGUAAUCAGAAUGUAUUUAAGGCUUCAGUAGAAGUUGACUGUGUUACUUUUUUCUUGUAAUCAAAAUCCAAACAAGACUGAGUCACAAUUCAACAACCUAUGUGUAAGACUUGGUCUUUUAAUUACCUCCAAGUGAUAAAUCCCUGAUCCAGUGGCUUUACAUUGAACUGAACACCACCUACAGUAUGCACACAAGCCUGACGUAGGUUAUGUCUACAUGAAUGAGUUGAUUCUGUUUUUGUUUUUUUUUGAACAUGAGAUGCCUUAAUGCGUUCUAGUUUAUUUUAUUCAGAGGAAUUAUAAACAUCUGCAGUAGUGCAUGUCCAGGCUGUGCCACGUUCUCGUCCAUAUCACCAGCUGUUUAAAGAUGUAACUGUUGUGUAGCAGCUUUUUGUUAGGAAACACUGAAUGGUGUGUUUGCAUUUUACUGUGAAACUCCUCAGUUUUUAUAAUGCUGUUAAUACAAAAUAAAAGGCAACUGUCAGAC